AUGUUGACUCAACUUAAUGUCGCCUUGUCAAGAUUGUUAAAUAUCUGGAAUGUUCCAACUGAUAACAAGAGAAACAUAAAACAAAUUCUUUACAACAAAACUCUUGGGAGGAAGCACCAAGCACCAUAUGCGCUCGUAUCAUGGUGUGAGAGAAUGUUGAAAGACAACAUAAAGAAAGAAUUUUUAAUUCAAUUAACGUCUUUCGAAGCAGAAUUAAGGCUCUCAAAGCAACAUCAUGAGGGUUACAAGAACCUUUUAUAA